AGCUUUGGUACAGCUGCUGAUGCCACGGUCUGAGAGUGAGACGGAGACGGACUGAGGAGUGGAGGAGCUGGCACGUGUGGAGCAGUGUUGGCAACUUGUGGGCCAAGAGGAGAGGAAAAUAGAUUCACAUACGUAAACAGCUGGACAGAUGAGGAGGCAUCAGGGACCACGCUUCAGUCCUGGAUGCGGGAACAAGCUGCAAGACUUACCCUGAGCUCUGUUGAAGCAGAAUAGAGAGGCAAGCUGCUGAUGAAACCACCUGCUGCUACAAUACUAGAACAGCUACAUCCUGUGUUUGCCAUGGGAGUGAAAGUAAAGGUGUAUGGUGCGCUGACCCUGCCUUCAACAGGCGAGGAGUUGGAGGACCAGGGCCAUGACUGGCUUUCCUGGCCCUGGUGGGCGUGCCUUAGUGCCAUGGCCAAGGGUGCGGCCGUGGUUCCUGGUUGCUUCUUUGGUUGCCAUAAUAACCUUGACGCUGCCAGGAAAUAGCCAGGCCUGUCCGCCACGGUGCGAGUGCUCGGCUCAGCUGAGGUCGGUGUCGUGCCAGCGGCGGCGGCUCACCAACAUCCCAGAGGGCAUCCCCACAGAGACGAAACUUCUGGACCUCAGCAAAAACCGGCUCCGCUGGGUGCAAGCAGGUGACCUGGCACCGUACCCACGGCUGGAGGAAGUAGACCUCAGUGAGAACCUCAUCGCCACGCUGGAGCCCAAUGCCUUCGCCACCCUCCAGAGUCUUAAAGUGCUGAAGUUAAGGGGAAACCAGCUGAAGUUAGUGCCCAUGGGGGCUUUCGCCAAGCUGGGCAAUCUGACCAGCCUAGACCUGAGCGAGAACAAGAUGGUGAUUUUAUUGGACUACACCUUCCAGGAUCUGAGGGGUCUGAAAUAUUUGGAGGUGGGAGACAACGACCUGGUUUAUAUCUCCCACAAGGCAUUCACAGGGCUGCUGGGGCUGGAAGAUCUCACAAUAGAGCGCUGCAACCUGACAUCCAUCUCCGGCCAGACCCUGUCGUACCUACGCAGCCUGGUCACCCUUCGCCUCUGUCACCUCAGCAUCAUUGCCCUGGAGGACCAGAACUUCCGCAAGCUCUCUAACAUGCGGGGUCUGGAAAUCGAUCACUGGCCGUACCUGGAGUACAUCUCCCCUCUUUGUUUCCAGGGCCUGGACCUCCACUGGCUCUCCAUCACCAACACCAACAUCACCUCUGUUCCCUCCGCUUCCUUCAAAAACCUGGUGCACCUCACCCACCUCAACCUGUCCUACAAUCCCAUCACCACACUAGAGCCCUGGGCCUUCAAGGACCUGCUGAGGCUGAAGGAGCUCAUCAUGGUAAGCACAGGGUUGAUGACAGUGGAGCUCCAUGCCCUCGGAGGCCUUCGACAGAUCCGGGUCCUCAACUUCUCCUCCAACUACCUGCAGACUCUUGAAGAGGGCUCCUUCCACUCUGUUAACAGUAUGGAGACCCUCAGAGUGGAUGGGAACCCCCUGAUGUGUGACUGCCGUCUGUUGUGGAUCCUGCAGAGACGCAAGACCCUCAACUUUGACGGCAGAGUGCCAGUGUGUGCGGGGCCGGUGGAGGUGCAAGGGGUCAGCCUCAGCACCUUCACCGAUUCUGCACUCUUCGAUCACUUUACAUGCCAGAAACCUAAGAUACGCAACCGUAAGCUGCAGCAGGUGGUCGCUCGUGAGGGCCAACCUGUGAGCUUUCUGUGUCGAGCUGAAGGAGAACCUGCACCUGCUAUUAUCUGGAUUUCCCCACAGCGCAGACGGAUCACAGCUAAAAGUUCCGGGCGCAUUACUGUCCUCCCUAGUGGCACCCUGGAGAUCCGCUAUGCCCAGCUUACUGACAGCGGAACAUACAUCUGCAUCGCCAGUAACGCCGGAGGCAAUGACACCUACUUUGCUACACUCACAGUGCGUGGCCUGCCACUAGAUGCCGCCUCAGCCUUCUUUCUCAACCGCUCGCUGUACAGCGGCGAGUUCUUCAACGACACAAAUCUGAACAACACGCGCGUUUUCCUCAAGUUCACCUUGGACCUGACCACCAUCUUGGUCUCCACGGCAAUGGGUUGCAUCACCUUCCUGGGGGUGGUCCUCUUCUGUUUCCUGCUGUUGUUCGUGUGGAGCCGGGGACGCGGCCAACGCAAGAACAACUUCACAGUGGAGUACUCCUUCCGGAAAUCUGAACCCGUCACCGGCAGCACCACAGGAGGGACCAGGAAGUUCAACAUGAAGAUGAUAUGAAACAACGCAGCCAGGGGUCCCUCGGGGGAGGCAUGAGCACGUCCCAAAAACGUGUUUGACACACGCAAACACACACAGCCACUGACUCACAAAGAAGUGUUAAAGCACAAUAUAAGUUCCUGUCUAUUGGCUCUAUUCAAAAUUGAGUACCCACAUCAAAUGACACAAUUUGCACCCAGAUCUCUCUGCCUUUCAGUGGUUUUAUUCAGCUUGUGGUAAAAAAAAAAACAUGUUUAAUUGAUACUGUUAAGAACUACAGUAUUGAUAGAUUUAAAGGAGCUAACUUGUCGUCCGUUCUUGACAAGAAUAAUAGAGUUAAGAAUUAUAGGAGAUAAGUUUUGGAAAUUGGCAUGAUUACUGUGCUGUGGGAUACCGGUAGCCCUGUUUCUCUGUUACAUUAAUGAGAUAAUGAAUUUAAAUACUUAACUGUAUUCUGUACAGUCAGGGAUUUUAAGAGAAAUGAGCUGCAGGGAGACCUGGCUACCAUCCAUUUAUAUAAUUUGUGGCUUUGCUCUUCUAAAGUCUGCCCUGUUAAGAAUCGUGCAUGUAGAAAUGCAGAUGAGAGUUAAGUUGUGAGUUCAUGACACCGAAUAAAACAAAUUGUUUUGAAAGACAUUUUUGAAUAUGUUUUUCUAUAGAACAUAUAAGAGCCUCGUUUAUCUAUUCUGACCACAGCUGAACAGUGAGAAGGGUUCUUCAUUAGCAUUAUCUUAUGUCAAGCUUAAAGGCUGUAAAAUACGAUCUGAUGAUCAUAUCUGAUAAGAAGCGCUGGAUUUGGACCAUUCCCAUAAAUGACAAAUAGACAAAAGAUUCGGCCUCUUCUUCUUUGUGAGAUUUUGCAACAACGUUAGCUGUGUGAGUUUGGGACGAGCGCACUGACCGAGAGCUGCCGUGGCUGCCCGCGGCCCGGGGGGUUUGGUUAGGAAGUCAAGCCCACCGGACACGGGCAGCCACUGCAACUAUAGCAACCAACACAUUAGAGAGCAAUGGGGACCAGGCUGGUGGCCGCAGGAAGGUCGCUGGGUACCUACAUCACAAGCCUCAUCGAUGCUCUUUCAUCAACAAGAGAGGCUCAACCUGCCGGCCUCCACCGCUGUCCCUGCCCUCUGCUGUGUCGGUGGACGCCUGACCUUCCCAGCGCUGCCAGGGGGGAGCAGCCCGGAGUGUUGGGUCACACUCAGAGGCAGAGAGAGGACACACAGUACCACUGUCGGGGGUCUUCAAGUAGACACACUGUCAUUCUAGGAAACACACAUAGCAACAUAUGCAUAGCACCUUUUCUCAGGAGAAGUGAAAUAACUAGCCUACAGAGUGAGUGUAGCCAACACACAUGCUCUGUUAAAAUAUUACAUUCCAGCAAUACUGUACGUAGAGCCAUGAAGCCAAAAUUCAUUCUCCAAGAGAGAACUGUAAAUGUUUGAGUGAAGAAACAAAGCCAUAGUAUGUGUAGGUUGUUUUUGUAGAGCGAGCCGUGUGCAUGAUUCAGUUAUAUGAUAAUAAUUAUUGCUACUGCCAUCUUACAAGCUGGUGGGAUGAUCACAAGACCAUCUGCUGUCACUGGGCUUGCAUAGAGUUGCACCCCAUAACACACACACACACACACACACACACACACACACACAGAAGUGGUAAAACCUCAUCAAGGUUACGUUGAUUUAUAGGAACAACAAUCACAGUUACACGUCAAUGGACAUACAAGUUGAUGAAGCGCCACAGCAAAGUAUGACGCUGCUCUCUCUCUGUCUCUGAGACGGUCGGUGUGCGAAUGUCUCUGCCCCCCUAGCCCAGUGCAUCCCCCCUCCUCACCCCCACCCCCCCUACACACCCCCACUGGGUCCUCCUUCGGGAGGGGUCCCUGGCUGGAGACCGAGGAUUCAAAAUGUAAAUGAAGUACGUGUUAACCCUACCCACGCCAUGUGGAUCGUAUAGUGGAGAGUAGUACUGUGGUUUAAAAAAAAAGAAAAAAAAAAAACUUUCUUUGAAGUCUUCUGUUGCUUCUUGUUUGUCCUCUAUUUUAAUUUCCUCAGUUGUUGUUCUCCGUGACCUUUUAACAGUUUACCGUUUUUAAAGUUCACCGUCCUCCGUGUGGGACUGUUCUGUUCUCAACACCUACUAUUGUUCCCACACACUAGACCUUGUGCCUGUUCGCAUCUCGGCGUGCAUAUCCACUGGAACCAGGACUAAAGAAACAAGACAUCAUCUAAAGCAGUGGUGGCUAAUAGUGUCACAAAUUAAAUUGGAGUUGUCACCAGAUGGUUGUCAGAAUAAGAAAGAAGAAAACAUAGGUCUGCUACACAAAGUUAAGUAAUAUUUAAUAUUUGUAUCAACAUUUAUAUACUGGAUAGUUUUACCUUCUGGAGUCCAUGCACCAGCUUUAUAAAUCCUUUUAAAUGUUGAUAUCUAUAUAUACCACCUUCCCGCUAUGUGUAUAACACUUUAGUUUCUGUCUGUGUGGUUCUAAUCAGAGGCUGGUUUGCAGGAUGGGAGUUGCAUGGUGGCAUAGCAAUUGUCUUCUUUUGCAAUUGUCUGGAGUGGUUGUGUGUGUGUGAGAAGACAGCUGCACUCUAUGCGUAAUUCUAACAAAAUCAUACGGAAUGCAGAGCACCGGCAGUUAAGUUUAAAAUAUGUUUGCAUCUUGAAACCAGUUGGUUGUUAAUUGGAACCUAUGAAGGACUCACAAACUCAUUAAACUCAUUGACGUGUGCAAUAUGUCAUGAGGAGCAUUGCUUCAUUUUUAAGGGUCGUACUGUAAAGAGUUGGCAACCACCAUCUAAAGAACAUAUAACACUGCAAGCUUAGGGUUUUGGGAAAUAAUUUACCCAGGUAUGAUAGAACCUCAAACUCUCAAAACGUUUGCCAAAUAAAUCCUGCAAACUCCAUUUUUGUCCCUUGUGAGGGAUGAUGAAACCACGGCUUCUGUGUCAGGAUGAAUAACUCAACAGCUGUUAAAGAUUCAUGAGGCUGAAUGAGAAUAGAUGAACAAAUUGGCCUGGUUUUCCAACACCGCUCGUUAACAAUGUCAGUGGCCAUUUCUGUGUUGAGAACAGGACGUCGUCUUCACGGACGUCUCCUCUCCCUGCGCCGACCCCCUUUGUGUUUCCAUUCCCUAGUAUUUCUCGGUGAAAACUAGGUUUAGAAGACAGUGAGAAUGUCUAGUGAUUGUAGAUGGCGUUAUUGUGCAAACAUCAAUCACAAAUGUAAGCGUAGAUGAGGGCGUGUUUUGUUUUAUUAUCAUCUUCUCCUUCUCCUCCCCCUCUCUCCCCCUUCCUCCUCCCCUCUUCCCUUUCCCUGUCUUCUUAACAUUUCCAACCCUCGUUGUCCCUGUUCACAGUAUUAGGCUGGAUUAUGGUUGUGCGGUAGUAGACACGUGUUCGUGUGGUCGGUGAGUCCGUGUUGUCGUGUUGUGAUUUGUUGCUCCCUGUGAUGCCAUCGAACACGGAGCAUUGAUCGGAUCAGUGGAGACAAAAGAUGAAAGGGGUGACCCAGGUUCCCUAAAAAAAAAAAAAGAAGAAAAAAAACAGACAUUGAUUCCCAUUUCACGCCCUACUCAUUCCUGGAAAAAAAAGCACUUCUGGAACUUUCCCGCUCUGCACAGCGCGGCUCUGGGAUCUUUCUCUGGAUAUGAAAACCCACAGACUGUGCUGUAUGUGUUUUCUCUGAUGAUAUAUUGUCACACUUUAACUUACAAAUGUAGAAAAUGGGGUUGGAUUGUUUUAAUACUGUGACUAUGAGCCUACACUCACUUUCUGCCUACUAUGGUUCACUGAGUCAUUUUGUCAAGGAAGCAGCUCAUUCACUGAAAACAGACAUCUUCAAGUUGUUCAGGGUUUGGAUUUAUUCAAAGGCCUUGAAAGCUAGAGGAAGCUUUAAAAAUAUAUAUCUUUCUUGUCCCCCCCUCACCUCUUUAAUCUUCUGCCAGAUAUCCAUUAUCAAAGACUUUAGAAAUACAUGAAACAUUUGAAUUGAUAGACACUUUGCCAAACAAAUGUGCCAGUACACAUACCAUUGCCUCAGUCCGCCUGACAGAUUCUCUGUGCUGCAGAUACCGGUGGAGCUGGAGCUUGAUUCAUUUCCUCCGCUGUAACACUUGAGAAAGUAGGCUGAGCGAUCCCCUCCUCCCUCCUCCGGUUCGCCCUUGCCUCGGGUUGAUGUACUGUAGUCUAGAGACGCCCCAGUUAUAUCAGCAGCAACCUAUUAGGAUACCUUCCACUGGGUAACUCGUCAAAGACCCGGACACAAUAAGACGAACCUUUAGACACCAAUAGUCAUGGCUUAAUUAUGAGCUAAACCUGAAUUUUUUCAGUUUUUUUAUUGUUUCUCAAUAAGAGGACCAGUCUUAGCUGUUCUCUCACUAUUUGACUAACAAGGCUGCAUUUCUUUAUGCAUUUCCUUGGUUUCACCUUGUUUCUGACACCAGAUUUGCUCUUGCAUCCAUCUGCUGCUCCAGAUCCUACAGCUGCUGUUUCGAUUGGAUUAUAUCAGAGUUGAAUUAUCAGAGCUGAGAGGAGCCGCAAUGGGAUGACGAAGAAGUGAGCUCGACUGAUUGGGUGAUUACUGGGCUUAUUAAUCUCAUUUCCAUAACAGACCUCUCAUGACAGUGUGCCAUGCAGAUGCUGGAGGCUGAAUUCACGCUGGUAUUUUAGCAUUUUUACAUAUCUGUUAGAUAGAAAUAUUACAUAUGGUAGUUUCCUCCAAUUGGACAAAUAGAUGGUAAUACAAAGCUGUCAUUGUUAUCUGACAUGCAGGUUUAAUUGGGCAUGUCGCAGAGCAUUGCUGAAGGAUUUUAAAAGCACCUUGAGCUGACAACUGCUUCAUCUUAACCUUGACCAGACAACUGCAACUGCCCCACUUUCUAUAUGGCAAUACUGACCCCAGGUGGUCAAUGUGAGUAACAGCAACACAAUGGGACCAUGACGCUGACGUACCAGUGUUAUUGUCUGUGAUGGGAAAAUAAAUCAAGCUCUUGGGUCUCAUACAGUGAAACACUAAAGAGAGCACAUUGACUGUUAGAUUCAUAUGUCAGUGCUUCGCUGAUUUUUCUUCCAGCCACAGCGGGACUUCCUCUCCGCUCUUGGGUGUCCGGAGCGAUGUUUGCUCUCAGCUACCUGUGAGGAGUUAUGAGGAGAGGCCUCCAUCUGAUCGGAACAGUUCUGACCUGGUUUGCUGAGACUCAGUCUGUAGAUUAGACAAAUAAUUUCUGACGCCCCCAGAAGUCUCUCCGACUUCACAACAAAUAAUCACAAAACAUGAUAAAA